UCUUAAAAAAAACAACAAAUUCCAAAUUUUCGACCAUUUUGGCACUCAAAAUUCGCAAUCUAAAUUCAAAAUCAGCAGCUUACCAUCUAGGCCAAGAGCGUGACCAUGACCAAUCGACUGGCCUUGCACCACAUCCUGACUACCCAGCUGCGAAGGGACUGGGAACAGGAGGAGAGUGCCAAGACCAGGCUGUCGCAGCUGUCCAGGAGGGAGAGGAUCAAGGCCUCGCUAAGAUCAAGCCAGUUGCCCGGACGUUUCUUGUUGCCCGACACCAGAAAGACCUACGACAAUAUGGUGGCAAAUAUUCACUCGACCAUGAAGUCGGUUCGAACACCAAGAAAGCCUCGACCAACGGAGCCGUUGGUCCCAGCUGGGAAUUCGAGUCCCAUACCAGUCCCAUCGAAAUUGGUGCCCAAGCCUCCGAGACGUAACAAAUCGGGGCGCAUAAGGGGUGGCGCCAACUCCUCAAAGGCGAACAGUGCCCAUGGGUUCGCCGCACAAAUGAACCACAAAUCAUUGGCUACGAUCAAGGCCAGCAUCAACCAGAAACCGAAGGGAUCGAGGGGUCUUGAACAGAACAACCGCUUGCGAGAGGUCAUCCAACAGAAGAAAGUGCUGGAGACCAUGUUGCAGCAGCACAAGAAGCUGCAAACCGAUCGUCACACCAUAGCGAUGGACAUCCAGCGAAUGCGUGCCGAUCUGGACAAGAUUCGCACCAGGCUGGACACCUCCCUGCAGAGCCUGAACUCCACGCGCACCCUCUUCAAUUCCGCCAACAAGGCGAGUCUCAGAAGGGCGACCGUCCUGCCGAAGAACACGCAAAACUUGGUGACCUCCACCCAUCGCCGCUCUGGGGGAAAGCGAAAGGUGCGGACCGUUGCCAUCCCGAUGAGCCGGCAAAGUGUGCUGGCCAACAAGGCGCCCAUCCUCAAGCGAAGGGUUCGGUGAACUACGAAGAAAAAUAAGAAAAAUAAUACAUUUAAAGUUCCGCAAAAUAAUAUGUAAAGGUUAAACUAAGGCAAUAAUUGUUUCUCUAAAAGUAUUCUUCUGCUUUCAAAAUAAAAGCAAGUAGACAAAAUGUAUCACA